GCCUGAGUCGAACCCAAUUAUCCACCUCUAAGCGAAGAAGGGCGAUCACGAUUGCUAACAUUGUCGCUGACCUGGACGCUGAUGCUGACGCUCGGGACGAUGAAGCAAAGCGCUGCAGAAGUUUUCCGAUUGCUGCCUUCCACGCAUUUCCUAGGCUUCCAUGCAUAUGCCAGCCUCAUGUCGUUGUUGCGGAUGGGCCUGUAAGCUGUUGGUUGACGUCGGCCCAAUUUCCAGAACAUUUCUCCCGCUUCUUCGCGACAGGGAUGUCUACGUGACUCCGUACCGCGCCGUUGAAAUGAAAGAAAACAUCAACGAGCUUGUUGAACGCUAUUCGCACGAGUACGGACGUAGACGGAUUGGCAAGCUUCGUUUUCCGAAAGGAUGGGGUCAAUCCCUCCUCUCUUUCUCUCUCUUUCGCAAACAGCCAGAUUGUCUCACGGCAUGUGGCCGUACUGUAGAUUGCCAUGAGGGAAUUAGCUGGGGCUACCGCUAUGUUGCGUGGGCCGUGGGCGCCGGGACGGUGGUCGGGCUGCGUGGCACAAGUGUCCUUGUGGCCCAGUCCAACGGCGAUUCCGUUGCUGGGGCCUCCAUGUUGGUGAAAAGUCACCAAAUGUCCGCACUUUGGGCCUUUUCUGCCCCCUCGUCAUUCCGUUUCGCCCUCUUGUUCGUGCGUGGAGAGAUACAGAUCAGGGCAUGACGAUAACUUUCCGGAUCGAUUGAAUUCCCAGAGCUUUGCGUGUAUCACCUCCAUGUCGCAUGAAUGGGAAGACAUCAUGUCAACCAAC